UAUGAGGAUUGUGGGUUAGCUUGUUCUCACACUCGCACCUCGCUUGGCCUCGUAGAAAACCCUAGCGCCGCAGACAGAGCGAGAGGGGAUCAGGGAUGGCAAAGUCUCUAAGAUCGAAAAAGAAGAAGAGGCUGAGGACUCUGAGGAGGGAGAUAGCUGAACCUUUCUACGAGAACAAGGAUGCUGCCAAGCUUGCUGCGCAGGAGGCCGCCCUCGCCGCUCCCAAGCUUCAAGUCCGCACCCGCAAAGAUGAAACCCCUUCCGUGGCCUCUACUCCCAUAUCCAUGGAUGUGGAAAUGGCCGCUGGAGGAGGUUCACACAGUGACGAUACUAAGUCAUUCUUGAAGCCUGCAGGUGGGAUUGGGAAAAAGUCAAAAAGGAAAUUAAAGCUGAAGAAAGGCAAGCGGCGAGGCAAAAGUAAAAUCAAUCUCAGGAGGAAAUGAGCAAAAGAAAUUAGGAAUGAGUUUUAUUUGGAGUUCUGAGUAGUUUUGGUUUUUUAUCCAUUCAAUGGUGCAUGCACGCCAUAUUUGUAUUACCUCUUGACCUUGAAAUUUUGAAUUUUGGUUUGAUUUGUGUUGGUUGAAACAUCAAAUUUUCUAAUGGUAGUAAUUAUCAGACUUAUGCUUUA